UAAAUUUCACGGUUUAAUAAAAUUGUUGAAUUUUAAACUAUUCUAGGUGUAAUGUAAACCUCGUAUUCUGCAAUAGUAUAAUGUGUAUCAUGGAUUUAUCUCCAAAUCAAGACAAUUUGACACAUAUACUUAAUAAAUUAUCAGAAGAUGAGGUUAAGAUAGAAAAAAGUUUAGAAAAUAUACUUUCAAAACAAUGUCAUGUAGAAGCAAAGCUCCAAAGUAUAAGUAAGGUAUUACCUAAUAUUGUUAUAAUACGGACAGAAGGAGAAAAGUUCUGUAAUAUGAUUAGACGUACUAAUGAACUAGCAGAAAAUGUAAGUGCCAAAGUAAGACAAUUGGAUUUAGCAAGAAGCAGAGUAUACGAAUGUCAAAGACGUGUUAAUGACAUUCUUGAUUUACAACUAUGUAGUGAAGGAGUAGCUAUGGCAUUGUGUAAUGAAGAUUAUGAACAAGGUGCAGCACAUGUUUAUCGUUAUUUAUCAAUGGAUCAACAAUUAUUAGAAAGAACAGCUGAAGACAUUUUAAUGGAUCAGACUAGUGUCAGUUGUUCUCUAAUUACAUUACAACAAGCUGCAUUACAACUCAGAACUGUGGUUACACAUAAAUUUGAUGAAGCAGUAAAAUUAGAAGAUCUUGCAUCUGUUGAAAGAUUUUUCAAAAUAUUUCCUUUAUUAGAGAUGCAUACCGAAGGCCUUAAAAAGUUUUGUAGUUAUUUAUGCACAAAGUUGCAAGAAACAGCUCAAAAAAAUUUAAAAGCAGCUUUAGAAAUAAAAAGUAAUGAUAAAAGGGCGUCAGUUAUUUUUUCUGACACUAUGACAUUACUAUUUGAAGGAAUUGCUCGUAUUGUAGAGAUACACCAACCAAUAAUUGAAACAUAUUAUGGUCCUGGAAGAUUAUUAACAACAAUUUCUAUUUUGCAAAAAGAAUGUGACAGACAAGUCAAAAAGAUUAUUACAGAAUUCAUGAAACACCGAUCUAUAUCUAAGAAAGUACAAAUUGUAAAUGAUCAUGUUCGUAAACCAAGUUCUGAAAGAGCAGAUCCCAAAGAGUUUGAUCUGUUAUUGGGAGAAAUUACUAUAAUGCAUUCACGUGCAGAAUUAUACAUAAGAUUCUUAAAAAGAAGGGUUAAAAAUGAUGUAGAAAUUAGUGUAACAAAUGAUGCACAAUACAAAGAUCUAAUAAAUGAAUUCGAAAAUAUUAUCAACAAUUCUGAUUUAGCACAUGGUAUGCAAGAACUUUUAGGUGCUUAUCUUGCUUUAGAAAGAUAUUUCCUCGAAGAAAGUGUAAAUAAAGCACUAGGAAUGGAUACCUUAGAUCAAGAUCAACAAACAUCUAGUAUGGUUGAUGAUGUUUUCUUUAUAGUACAGAAAUGUAUUAGGCGUUCUAUGUCAAGUUGGAGUAUAGACGGUGUCUGUGCUGUAGUUAAUAUGGCUUGUGGAAUAUUAGAAGGGGAAUUUGCAAAUAGAUUACGAAAUCGAUUGCGACAAGGUUAUCCAGCAGGAUACUUAGAUUUGGCACAAGCUUACAGUGCCCUUCAAACAAGUAUACAACAUGGUCGUCUACAAACUUCAGAUACGGAGCUCGCCCGUCUAAUGUUUUUGGCUUAUCUAAAUAACACCGACGUAAGUAUCGAAUAUGUCGAAACGCUAUGUAAAAGUCUUAGUACAGAAAUAGAUGCGACAUUUCCCAAUAUGCAAAGUAAAGAAAGAGGUAAAAUCGACAGUUGUUUAUCCGGCUUAAAAGGUGUUAUGUCGAUUUUGCGAGCGGUUAAUGAUUAUGGUCUAGAACAGUUACGAGUAAGCGCUGUCAAACCGAGAGUCACACCUUGGGUCGAUGCAUUCUUAUCAGUGGAUCAUCAUAUAAACGAGGAUGACUUAUUAAGAUAUGAAACAGAAGAACCUUUCGUACAAACUUUAAUUAUGAAUUUAGAAGGUUUACUUCAAAGUUUUAAAGGAAGUUUAACAGCAUCUAAUUAUGAUGCUUUAAUUGGUCUUCUUACUGCUGAAGUAACAGCUCGUUUAGAAAAAGUUGUAUUAAAGUCUACUUUUAAUAGAGCGGGAGGUCUUAUACUUGAUAAAGAAGUACGGUCACUAGCGAGUUACUUAGCCGCUGUUACCUCAUGGUCUGUACGUGAUAAAUUUGCACGAUUAACGCAAAUAGCUACCAUAUUAAGCGUUGAAAAAGUAGAAGAACUAGCAGAUUAUUGUGGUGCAGAUGCAAUAGCAUGGAGAUUAACACCCGCGGAAGUUCGACGUAUUGCUUCUAUGAGGAUAGAUUUUCGUCCCGAGGAUAUAAAAAGAUUGAAACUUUAAUUUUUGUUUAAUUUUAUUGGUAUAAUAAAUAUUAAUAAACAGCAUUAUUAGUAUUACUUAAUUAUUAUUAAUACAUAUAAUACAUCUUAUUUUUAUCAAAUUAUUUUACUAUAAACUAAUAAUACCAAUUACUAAUAACUAGUAAUACUACUAACAAUGCUUAAAUUUUAUGAUCAAAGUCAAGUUUCAGAUAUUUUUAAAACAUAUGGCAAUCCUUAACAAUUUAUUAGGUAUGUGCAAUCUAUGAGCAUUUUUAAACUAUUAGACUAUUAUUAGAUUAUUAGAGUUAUAAAAUUAGUACUUCAAUACUUUACUUUCUUUAUUAGUAAAGUUAUUAUCAUGUAAUCACACAGCUUUUGUUUUCAUACAGAAUAAAUCUUACACUUCUUAAUAUUUAAUAUGUAUGUUUUUCUAUCACUUUCUUACUGAUUGUUAUCGUGGUCAGCAGUAACAAACUGGCGGUUUACAUAGGUACCUUCGUUAUUUGCUUGUUUAG